CGUUGGAUGAACAAAUCUGUAUCACAGCGCCCUCCUGCUGCAUUUUCGAUGUUGCUUUCCUAAGCCUCGAGCGCCCCUCCGCGGCGUAUCGAAGGAACAGGUUUGUGGCGUCUCCUGGUUGCUAGGAAAGCCGGUUUACAUUUUCUGUAAGUGUGACACUGUAUGACUGAAAGCCAAAUGGAAUCUGAAUGUAAAUGUAGAAAUUAGGAGACAACAAAUUUGAAUAUUACCGGUAUUUGACAUUAUUUAUUUGGCAUUACGUCGGUCUUUUUGGAUUACAACAGCCUGAAGAGAACAAAAGUAUGUUGCUGUGAUUUUAAACUAGCGUGAGGGAACGGUCAGUCAUUACUUUCUUUUACUCAAGGACUCCUAGCAUGGCAAAAUCUACAGCUUCUAGUACCUCCUCCAGACCCCUUAACCCUGGAGUUGAUGAAGAUGAAGAUGAUGAUGAAGCUUAUGUUGCCUCCCUAGCUGCCCAGAGAAAUGCGAAUGCUUUUUUUGAGAAGUUUAACCGCACUGAAAUGCAGGAAGUGCUCAGCCUUACAUCGUGCAACUGGUUGCUUUCCAGUGAAGACUUUCGCCUGCCAGUAGAAGCACCUUCUGGAAUCAUAAACCAGGUGAAAAACUUCAGCUACUCAAACACAGUCAUCCUCGUGCCGGUGGAUGCACAGGUAUCUUUGGACUAUAAAGAAGUCCAUCAGAUUGUGAAGGAACUGGUGGUUGGAAUUUACUGCUUUAAUCAAAUGCCAUCAUUAAGACUGGAAUCCAAUUUUGAUCAAAGCACCACUUGUCAAAUGCCACCAGCUUACUAUGACACAAAAGUUGGGCAGAUUUUGAUUAGCGUGGAUUACAUGAUGAAAGGCCUUUGGCAUGGAGCCUAUAUUCCGAAAGAGAAAAGGGUCAGGUUUUCCGAACUGUGGCGUUCUAGCAUGGAUGUCGAUGCCAGUGGAAUUCCACAGACAAGGAAAAACUUAUAUCCAGAAUUCCUUGCAGCAGGUUUAGUUGAUAUUUCAGAUGACCCUGCCUUUCAUAAUAUGUAUAGUGAAGACAUCAACACAGAUCCAACCUAUGAGCCCAACAGCCCUGAAGAAGUGAAGAUUUUUAUGCAAUAUUGUGACCAUUUCUUACUGCAACUCACCUCUUACCUCACGUCUGUGAAACAGCAUAAUAACCUGUUUAUGUAUGACGGUACUUACAACAUUGCUAACACGGUGAGGCUCAUAGAAGACAAAAUGAACCCUGUGAUCUAUCAGAGAUUACAGAAGAGACUAAAACUUCAAGAAAAACUUGUGACAAAGUACCUGCAGAAGAAGCCAGAAGUCCGCAAAAACAUGGCUUAUGUGCAGUUAAUAAGCUUUCUCGUACCUUUUCUUAUUGGACUAAAAAAGAAGAUGAAGAUUCCAGAUCUAUCCAGACUCCUCCCUUCAUUUUCUGAUGAUAAACUGAAGACUGAACGAGAAUUGCCUCCACUUUAUCAUGGUCCAGAUUUUACAUGUAAACAUUUCCAAUACGAGCAAAAUAAGUACUUCCACCUUCACGGUGGCAUUGAGUUUGAUAUAGGAACACCGUUACUGGGGGAUGUUUCUGACGAAAUAAAGUCAGCCUUUGAAGAUCUACAGUGCCUUGCAGCGUCGCAUUUAAGUCAGUUGCGGGAACAGGACACAUCAUACAGAGAAAACUACUCCAUACCAGUCGUGCAGUUUGAAGGGAGAAGCUAUUAUGUGAUUUCUAUAGAGCUUGAAACCUUCUAUCAACAGUUUAACAAGACACAGUGGUGGGGAGCCAUGUUGGUUCUCAUCAAAACACUGAAGAUUAAAAGACUACCAUUAAAUGAUAUUCAAUUGCAUGAACAGUUCAAAAAAACAUUUGGUUACAAAAAGGCCCUAAAAUGUAAGAAUUUAUCGUAUGGUCUAAAAAGUGCUGCGGAAAGAGGACUCUCUGCCAUAUUCCACACAUUUUCCCGCAAGAACUCUCCAUCUCGCCUGGGCUUUUUCGAUGAAUAUGGUUACUCUCUCAUCCACUACGCAGCCAUACAUAACCAAGUGCCCAUUAUCAGCCAGCUGGCAAUGGCAGGUUUGCAGCUCAACCAGAGACGCAGUGAUAAAUUCAUCAGUUCAGAUCAUCUGGGAGAACCGGCUUUAAAAACAAAAUUUGGGGUCACUGCACUGCAUCUGGCAGCUCAGUAUGGCUCUUUGGAAGCGUUACACUGCCUACUAGCCCUUCAGGUGGACUACAAAAUGGUGGAUAGACGAGGAUGGACUGCUAUUCAUUUUGCUGCCUUCUAUGGCAAUGUUCUGUGUAUCCAGGCUUUGUACAGAAAGGACCCAACUCUAUUGGAGAUGGAAAGUAUUGCUGAAUCUCGCUGUACACCACUAUUACUGGCUGCCAUGUCUGGGUCUCUUGAUGCUCUCCGGUAUCUAUUGUCAAUUGGUGCUGACUGGAAGAAAACCGACAGCAAGGGAAACAAUGUGGUUCAGUUGGGGGUGCUGUAUUUUCACACUGAGAUGCUGAAGCACCUGAUUGAGCUUGAUCUGGUAGAGCUGCCAGUUUGGAAACUUCUUGUAGAGAUGCUCCGGUGUGAAGAUGAAACUAAGAAAGAUAUGUCAGUGAGGUGCUUGGAAGUUCUCUGUGUGGCUGCAGAUACCCACUGGAAAGACAUUAUUGCUGCAGGUGGAAUCCCAUCCCUGGUUGAUUUACUACAUAGCCAGCAGGAGAACCUGCAGUGUGUUGCUGCUGCUGUGCUUUGUAAUAUUUCAAAUCAGGUGCCCGUUUCCCUUGCUGUGGUGGAAUGCGGAGCAAUUCCUGUGCUUAUCCAGCUGCUCCAGACACAGUGUCCUGAACUUCAGUCCCGCUGCUCUGUCAUCCUGGCUGAUCUUGCACACAUCAAUGACAACCAGACCCUUGUUGCCAAAUUAGGUCUAAUACCCCCUCUGGUGAAGCUUUUGCAUUCAGACAUUGAAGAUGUGCUACUUAAUGUAGUUAACUGUAUCCGGGUCAUGUGUAUCAACAAUCCAGCCAAUCAAAGCACAGUUACACAAGAGGGUGGGAUUACAUCAUUGGUGGAAUUUUUGAUGCUCAGAUCAGAAGUUCUGCAGGAAGCAGCUUCAACUGCUCUGGCAGAGCUGGCACGGGGCCACCGGCAGAACCAGGAUGCUAUUGCGACUGAGGGAGCCGUCACCCCACUAGUUAAAAUCAUUAGUGGGAGAAAGAUCGAUGUACAGGUGAAGGCAGCUAUGGCAUUGGAAGCUGUAGCUGACCAUAAUGCAGCUAUACAGACUGCAUUUUUGGAAAAGUCAGUCACAAAGCAUCUUCUUCGACUUUUAAAGGUGUUUCAGUUGGAAGUGAGAGAACAAGGCGCAGUGGCUUUGUGGGCACUUGCUGGACAGACACUAAAGCAGCAGAAAAUGAUGGCCGAUGAGAUUGGUCACAACUUUAUCAUAGACUUUGUCUUGUCCUCAUCAGACAAAAUGCAGUAUGUUGGCUGCCAGGCAGUGAUUGCCCUGAGUCGGGACAGUAAAGCUCACCAGGAUCAGAUCUGUCAGAAUAGUGGAGUUGGUCCAUUGAUCAGGCUGCUGCGGAACUCCAGGACGACAGAGCGCACCCUUUUGAGUGUCAUCAAGGCCCUGGGGACCAUGUGUAUCGGGGUAGCACAUACAAACAAUCCUUUCAGUCAGAAAAGCAUUGUAGAGGAGCUUGCCUUUCCUAUUCUGGUUGAACUACUCAAACAUCACAAGUCUCCUCGGGUCAAGGUGGCAGUUGCAGAAACUCUGGCCUGCAUAGUGUUGAGAAACACAGAGCUGCAAACAGUCCUCAUGGAUACAGAAGGGUUCAGUUACACUGAUGUUUUGGAGCUUCUUCAAGCACAAGACAAAGAUAUCUGCUUGCUUGCCGGAUAUGCUUUGUCACUCUUUGCAUAUAACAACACAAUGCAGCAGUUUAUGAUAUUACAGAAUGGCGGUAUUCCAAUAUCUAUCUAUGAGCCAUUUCUUCAAUCUGGAAAUGAGAUUAAUAUGGCAAAGGCUGCAUUUCAGAUUGUCAUACUUGCAAAAGUAAUAGUGGAUGUAGACCAAGUUACUUUGUCUGCAAGAGGAAUCACCAUUUUAGUUCAACUCCUUAAAUCACAGAGCUCCAAAACAGUCAUUCUUACAGGGCGGCUGCUAGCCAGUUUGUCUCACACAAGAGCAGGUAUCCCUGAUGCUAUUGUAACAAUGGGAGCUGUGGAGCACCUUUGUGCUCAUUUAUACUCCAAGUCAGAAGAGGUUCGAGUAGCUACUGCUGUUGCUCUGGGCUACCUUACUUUCAACCGGCCUGCUCAUCGCCUCCUGCUGGUACAAUGCCGGAACAGACCUGGACUAUACAACCUGUUAACACAAAAUCUAAGCAAUGAUGCAAAGAUCUCCAAGAUCUUUACAGCUGAAUUCAAGAGGCAAAAGUUGGUGGGCCUGCCUUCCCAAAGCUUGGUGAUAAAUGGUGGUCCACAUGUGAUGCCCCAGAAUAAAAAAGACAGGCCAAAAACCACAAGCACCAUGAGGGAUCAGGAUGAACUUCAAACAGACAAGCACCUUCGAUCAAAGUCCGCUCCAGUCUUAGUGGCUCAAAGAUGUAAAACUGCAGAUUCAAGAAGGAGAAUUGCAGCAUCUUCCAGGAAUAACCCAGAGUCCAUACAUCCUGCCAAGAGCAAAAUAUUAGAUUAAGGGCCCAAUUCAAUUAGCUUUUAUAGGGUAAUUAUAACUAAGUUUAUACAAUACAGAGCAGAAGUAGAACACCAUUUACCUGGAUUGAAUUAACACUAUUGAGAGUCUCUUUCUUUGAUCAAAAUAAAUAUUGUACUACAUUCGCUGCUUUUACUACAUUUUUUUUUAUCAUCAAAAGUGAAUACAUUUAUUUUGUAUCUUCUUUUGAAAAUAAUGAACAUCAGAUGAGAGCUCAUGAGAGCUAUAAUAUUGUAUAUUUGCUUUAGUUCUACUUCCAUUGCCUUGUGUACAAGACUUGGGUAUUAGUGGAUGAGUUAUACAAUGAUUAAAACUUUUGGACAAAAGAAACCAUGGAAUUUGUAUACAUUAUUUUAACAACAGGAAGUUUUUUUAGUGUAACAGGUUUCCCUCAUAUGGUUGGAUUUAUUAUAUGUUAUUGAUGGACAAACAUAAGAAACAGAACAACGAAAAAUAACCUUCCCCAUUUUCAUAUACCUUUUUAAUUUUGAGGUAAAACAAAAAAAAUCUUAACACUAGUCAAUUAACUACAACAUCUGACCAAAGUCAAAUAAGAAAUUGCUCACUCAAGGUAAAUUUUGUCUACAG